AUGACUAUCGCAAGAAAACCGCGCGUUGUUUCCCUCGGAGAGCCUGCAUUUGUGGGCAAUGAAUACCUCGCUCAAUUUCAAACCGAGUUCGACUAUUCCGUCUUACCUGCGAAAAAUCGCGAAGAAACCCAGACCUUGUUACCAAAAGAUAUAAAGGAAAAUGGACCUAUCGACGCAUUCAUAGUUCGCAUGGGUACGCCGCCUUAUGAGCCAUUCGAUGAGGAUUUACUUCGAGCACUGGUCCCGGGGUGCAAGAUCAUCACUUCUGCUAGUGCGGGGUACAACGAGUUUGACGUGGACUGGAUGGCGAGUCAGAAGAUUGUGUUUUGCAACACCGUCAAUGCCGUCGCCGAGGCUACUGCGGAUAUGGCUAUAUUUCUGAUACUUGCUGUUCUGAGGAAUACUACAAAUGCCGAGCAGAGUGUACGGAGCGGCAUGUGGAGAAAAGGCGCGAACCUGGUUCCUACUUGUGAUCCGUCAGGAUUGACUCUUGGGAUUGUCGGUAUGGGUGCUAUUGGAAAGUACCUUGCCAAGAAAGCCGCUGUCUUCAACAUGAAGAUUAAGUACUACAAUCGACGUCAGCUACCAGCCUCCGAAGAAACAGUUUAUGAUGCAACAUACUGCGAGUCUCUACAUGACCUUCUUCGCGAAGCAGAUAUCGUCUCCCUGAGUUGCCCUCUGAAUGCUGCAACUAUGAACCUAAUUAGCAAAGCCGAAUUUUCCGCCAUGAAGAACGGUGCAUUUCUCGUUAACACGGCCAGGGGAGCUGUCAUCGACGAGGAGGCUCUCAUUGCGGCACUUGAGUCAGGUAAGGUACAACGUGCUGGACUUGAUGUGUUUGUGAACGAGCCAAGCCCGAAUCCCUACUUUCUGCAAAGUGAUAAAGUCGUUUUGCAGCCACACUUGGGUGGCUUGACCGAGAAGGCAUUUCAAAAGGCUGAGAGAGAAUGCUUUGAGAAUAUCCGCGCUUUCUUCAUGUCCGGCAAAGCGAACUCGCCAGUUAAUACCAAAACAACGCCCCCUUGA